AUGCACCGAAGCAAGUCCCCCGACUGGAAGUCUGUCGGAUACAGAGGGAAGUCAAGCCCGCCCAUUCCGGUUGAUCCAUCAAUCAUGUACCAAGCAAGCGAUAGCGCAGCAGGGGACAAGAUGGUUGACGAGUCUGACCGCACGUCAUCGGAUGCAAUCGAUGCUCAAACACAGAAGACCACCCAAAUCCUCAAGCAUACAUACGAUGCUAUCCGCAACAUUAGCGGUAUCUUCUCUUUUGUUUUGCUUCUUUGUCUAUUUGUCGGCGUUAUGGCUUGCUAUAUGGUUAUCCGUGGUUGGCGUGUCCGCGUCUACCAGCGUCUUUGUACGGAAGAUGGGGUUUCAGAAGAGCGGGCGCAUCUCGCAUCGCCGCAUGAGGAUUAA